AUGAAUUGUCUAUUCCUAUUACUACUAUCGUUUUCUUUAAGUGAAUGUGUGAUCAAGUAUGAAGAAACCACAAAUUGUGUUUAUGCUGAGACACCUUCUGAAUGUUCUGGAGAUGUUUAUGUUGAUGAAAAGAGUGAUUGUAUCAAACAAAAUGGUUUUGAAAAAUCUUCAAUCACCAAAAUAAUAUUCAAAACCACCAAACCAAUUGUUGUGAACAAAUACUCUUUUGACACAUCCAACAUUGAAUUUUUCGAGGCUCCUGGUGGAAUUUUGAGUAUAGGAAAUUAUGCAUUCCGAAAUUGUUAUCUUUUGAAGAACCUCCCGAACACAAAGACUGUGACACAAAUUGGAGACAGUGCUUUCUUCAAAUGUUAUUUACUCACACAAUUUGAAUUUGGUGAAUCACUGACAGCAGUUAACAGCCGGGCAUUCUUGGGGACUUCAAUCCGAAAAGUCAAAUUAACUCCAACGGCGACUUAUGCUUCAAACGUUUUCUCCAGUUGCCCGUUCCUUGAAGAAAUCGAUUUCUCUGGAAUGACGACAAUUCCUUCAUCUUUUUGUAGCAGUGCAAAAUCACUCAGGACGAUCAAAGGUGUUGAAAAUGUUGUUGAAAUCGGCAGUCAAGCCUUUUACCAAUCUCCUUCAAUUUUACACUUCGACUUCCCAAGUACCAUUUUGUCAAUUGGGAGUAACGCCUUUUCGGAGACUGGACUUGUUUCAAUUGUGAUGAACAAUGUAACUGUCUUUGGGAAGUCCUGUUUCUACGGUUGCGCCUCCCUUGUAUCUGUUGAUUUCAAUGGAGCUAAAGCCGUCAACUCGAGUCUGUUUUAUAAGGCUUCUUUACUGAGCGAAUUUAAAAAUCCAGAAACCAUUGAGACUAUUGGAGACUCUGCUUUUGCAUACACUUCCAUGAAGAAGGUGAAAUUAAAUCCAGCUAUUACAUAUCAGGCAAACACCUUCCAAGGCUGCAAUUUACUUGAAACAGCUGAUUUAAAUGGUGUCACUGUUAUUCCAAGGAACUUCUUCCAAGGGUGCACAUCCCUUAAAAGUGUUAUUGGUUUUGAUAAAAUCACGGACUUUGGACAGAGCUCUUUUGAGAAAACUGGCCUUGAAAAUAUUACUUUAAACAAAGACGCAAAAUACGCAACUCGAGUCUUUGACUUAAAUUCGGAACUUAAAACAGUCGAUUUGAACGGAGUGGUUGUGAUCCCUGAUGAACUCUUUAAGACGUGUUACCAAUUGAGUUCCGUCAUUGGCAUUGAAACAGUCACACAAGUUGGCAAAAACGCAUUCAGAGACAAUGCUUUGACUUCUCUCACCUUAAAUAAGGACGCUACAUACAUGGACUUUUGUUUCACAAGCUCUUCUAAAUUGGUUUCAGUCGAUUUUAAUGGGAUUACAGUUGUUCCAAAUUAUUUGUUCCAAAAUUGUUACAAUUUGGAGAAUUUCACAAAUUACGAGAACAUCACAGAAGUCGGGAAAUACGCAUUCAGUGGCACAAAGAUAAAAGAAUUGAUUAUCCACGACAAUGUGAAAUACGGCGAUGGCGCCUUUUCUAAUUGUGGCUUCUUACAAAAAGUUGAUUUGGGAAAUACCACAGUGAUACCAAAUUACUUCUUCAAAAAUUGCACUGCACUUGCCGAAAUUGUGAAUUUUGAUAAAAUCACUGAAUUUGGAGGAAACUGUUUUGAUAGCGUUUCUAUUGAAGGAGAACUGAAAUUAAAUGGAACGGCGAAGUAUGGAUCUUCUGUAUUUGCCGGAUGUGACAAAAUCACAAAAGUUGUUUUGAACGAAUUCACAGAAGUCCCAUAUGGGAUGUUUACUGGUUGUUACAAUUUGGCCGAAAUAGUUGGACUUGAGAGCGUUACUAAAGUUGGCAGUCUUGCCUUUAAAAACACUUCUCUGACUGAGUUUGAAUAUUUGAAUACCACAACUUAUGGAUUUAAUGUUGUUAUGGCCUGUAGGAAUCUUGUCAAAGUAAUAUUAAACGAUUAUUUAGAGUUGGAAGGGUAUGAAUUCAGUGAUUGUGUCAAACUGACUGAAAUUGUUGGUCUUGAAAAAGUGACUCUAUUUAAUUCGUAUGCUCUUAGUAAUACCGGCCUCACAGAAAUCACGUUCAAUCCCUCUGCCAAAUUUAGUUUAGGAAACACAUUGGAUGGAACCGUCACAUUGAAAAAAGCCAACUUAAAUGGUCUUACAAAACUGAUUAAAGGAAUUUUCCGAAAUUGCACCAAGCUCGAUGAAAUCAUUGGUCUUGAAAACGUCGUUGAUUUUGGAGAAGAAGCGUUGUGGAACACAGCAAUAAAAAGUGUGAAAAUUGGUGCAUCCACUAAAUACGCAAACAGAGUUUUUGGUGGGUGUCAGUUGCUUACAGAAGCCGAUUUUGAAGGUGUUACUUCCAUUCCAGCAAACAUCUUCAAUAAUUCUCAAUAUCUGAAGACACUUAAAAACACUGAAAACAUCACUUCAGUGAGUGAAUUUGCAUUUUCAGGGUGCAAAAGUUUGACCAAAGUGGACUUCUUUGAAAAGCUUGAAAACGUUGGGCAAUAUGCUUUUAGUGGCACUGGAAUCAUCGAAGUGAAUUUAGUCCCAAAGAUCACAUACGGUGAAGGUGCUUUUGCUUUCUGCACAUCACUCAAACGAGUCGAUUUGAAAGGAAAGAAAUACAUCCAACCCACCCUUUUCUCUGGGUGUUCCAGUUUAGAAACAGUACUCAAUUCGGAGUUCGCUGAAAUUAUUGGAGUUGAGACUUUUAAAGGGUGCACUUCUCUGAAGAAAUUUGAGUUCAAUCAAGACGCCGUUUUCAUAUACGAUGGAGCGUUUUCUGAUACUGGAUUUGAACAAAUUGAGUUACACAACCAACUUAUUUAUGAGAAAAAUGCGUAUUCUGGAUGCCAGAAAUUGACGACCGUUGAUUUGCAGGACGUUGAAAGAGUCAGUUUUGCGAUGUUU